UACUCGAAUAACGGAAAAUGCCUGGACACCUUCAUGUGUACUGUGGUCGUGGAAGUCGGCGAGCGGCGGCUGGCAGUGAGUGGCAUCGGCGAGAGGCGGAGAGCCGAGAUUGCAUCGACGCCACUCAGUGAGACACCGCGGGUCAGUGACAUCAGGCGUGGAGCACUCGGUCCCACUCCCAACGUACUCCGUGAAGAUGCCAAGCUUCAAGAACACUUCAGAUCAAGCAGGAUGGCCGCAGGAUGUUGGGAUUCUUGCCAUGGAGGUGUACUUCCCUGCUCAAUAUGUUGACCAACAGGAGCUGGAGACUUUUGAUGGAGUCUCAGCGGGAAAAUAUACAAUAGGUCUGGGACAAACAAAGAUGGGAUUUUGCUCUGACCGGGAAGACAUCAACUCUCUGUGCCUCACUGUCCUCUCUCGCCUCAUGGAAAGGACUGGUGUUGGGUAUGAAAAUAUUGGUCGGCUCGAAGUUGGGACAGAAACAAUAAUUGACAAGUCAAAGAGUGUUAAAAGUUGCCUAAUGCAGCUUUUUGAGGAGUCUGGUAACACUGAUGUUGAAGGUAUUGACACAACAAAUGCUUGUUAUGGCGGAACUGCUGCUCUUAUCAAUGCCAUCAACUGGGUGGAGUCCAGCUCCUGGGAUGGUAGAUAUGCAGUGGCCAUUGCUGGAGACAUUGCUGUGUAUGCCACUGGAGCAGCACGACCUACAGGAGGAGCAGGGGCAGUUGCAAUGCUGGUAGGGCCACACGCACCACUCAUCAUGGAGCGAGGAUUGCGAGGAUCACACAUGUGUCAUGUUUAUGACUUUUACAAGCCUGACCUGUCUUCAGAGUAUCCCACUGUAGAUGGCAAGCUUUCUAUACAGUGUUAUUUAUCUGCCCUGGAUGCCUGCUAUCGGACAUUUUCCCGCAAGGUUGCUACAAAAGAACCAUCAUCUCCAGCCAUGUCAUUACAUCAGAUGGAUGCUUUUAUUUUCCAUUCACCAUAUUGCAAACUGGUGCAGAAAUCACUUGCAAGAUUAUGCUUCAAUGACUUUCUUAAUUGUCCAGCUGACCAAGUUGCCAUACAAUAUCCUGGACUUGAAGCAUUCAGAGAGAAGAAGCUUGAGGAUACAUAUUUUGACCGUGAUGUUGAGAAGGCCUUUAUGGCUCACAGUCAGGACUUAUUCCUCUCCAAGACUAAACCUUCUUUGCUAAUUGCAACUCAAGUUGGCAACAUGUAUACUCCCUCACUGUUUGGUGGACUUGCUUCUUUCAUUUCUAGGAACACAGUCGAGAACCUAGCAGGAAAACGUGUGGCUUUGUUUUCAUAUGGGUCAGGACUUGCAGCCACUAUGUAUUCAUUGCGGAUAACACAAGACAUUGGACCGGACUCUCCACUGACGCACCUUGUUGCAUCCUUGCAAGAUCUCCAACGUUUAGAUGCACGAUACAAGAUUUCCCCUCCUGAAUUUGCUGAAACCAUGAAGUUAAGGCAAGACACACAUCAUAAAGCACCAUACAAUGCUGUGGGUAGCAUAGACCGGCUGUUCCCAGGAACCUGGUACCUGACCAGGGUAGAUGAGAUGCACCGUCGCCAAUAUGAGCGCCGGCCUCUAGUUGGAGUUUCCAAUGUGGCAAGUAGUGUGGCCGCAGUCCACAUGAAGGAAACAUCAUCAGUAACUGGAGAAUCUACACAACAGUUACAUUUUUAAAUAAAAGUUCCAUUGUCAUAAAUUUGAAACAUUAUCAAUCCUCUUAUGUUCAAUUUCAUAGCCAUGUAGAUCUGUAACAUAAUAGGUAUAUGCCUGUACAUGUGUACCGUGUACUCUUCAAAAUAUUUAUUUCUGGCUUCUUUGCCUUGUUGAUCUAGACUUAAAGCUAGGACACAAUUUCUAGCUAUCAUGUUGAAUAUUUUACAAAAUAUUAGCAUUAUUUUGUUGUGAGCAUGUAGUAUGUGAAAACUUUGUAAUUUGACAUGAUUGUCUAAUUCCAAAAUUAUUGUUUUAAAUUUGCUGGAGUAAUGAAAAUUCAUAACACUUUUUUUUUUUUUUUUUUUUUUUUUUUA